CGUUUGCGACGGGUCGCGGGCUGCUUUGGGGUUACAUUUGUGUGGAUGUAUUUGCAGGCGUUAUCAAUAUCCGCCGCUGCGCAUGGCGAGGGAUCUGAUCGGGCCGGCGCUGCCGCCCGGCUUCAAGGACUUUGGGACGGCAGAGGACAAGGAGCGGGACCCUAGCCCGGUUGCAGGACCAGCUCUACCUCCUAAUUAUAAAAGCAGUAGUUCAGAAUCAUCAGACAGUGAUGAGGACAGUAGUUCUUUGUAUGAAGGAGGAAAUCAAGAAUCCGAAGAAGACGACAGCGGACCACCUGCAAGAAAACAGAAGAGAAAUCAAGGUGAAGAUGAUGAUGAUGAUGAAGGAUUUUUUGGACCAGCCCUUCCUCCUGGAUUUAAAAAGCAGGAUGAUUCUCCUCUGAGGCCUAUAAUAGGUCCUGCAUUACCACCUGGUUUUAUUAAAUCUACACAGAAAAGUGGCAAAGGCAGAGAUGAUCCAAGACAACAAGUAUCAACCAAUUUCAACUCUGAGGAAAUAGACAGCAGUGAAGAUGAAGAUAUUGUUGGACCAAUGCCUGCAAAGGGGCCAGUUAACUAUAGUGUAACAACAGAGUUUGAAAAAAGGGCCCAGAGAAUGAAAGAAAAACUGACCAAAGGAGAUGAUGUUUCAGCUAAACCAGUUACAAGGGAAUUGUGGAUGACUGAGCUUCCUCCGGAAUUUAAAGACUUUGGUCUUGGGCCCAGAACUUUUAAGAGAAGAACCAAUGACAAAUCUGGAGAUCGAUCAGUCUGGACAGAUACUCCAGCUGACAGGGAAAGGAAGGCUAAGGAGACAAAAGAAGCAAGGAAGUCACUUAGUAAGAAGGAUGAAGAACAUGUAUUGUCAGGAAGGGAAAAGAGAUUGGCUGAACAGACAUCCUCAUACAAUGAAUCAAAAAGAUCAGAAUCUCUUAUGGACAUUCAUCAAAAAAAAAUAAAGAAUAAAUAUGCUGAAGAUAAAACUAAGCCCCAAGAAAGAAUACCAUUUGACCGUGACAAAGAUCUUAAGGUUAAUCGGUUUGAUGAAGCUCAGAAAAAAGCCCUAAUUAAAAAAUCCAGAGAACUGAAUACCAAAUUUUCACAUGGCAAAGGCAGCAUGUUUUUAUAAGGGGAUUUCCUUGUGCAAUGAAGAAAAGUUGAACACUCUUUUACCUGUUGGUCCACAGUUAUUACUUUGUUUUGAGUUCUUACUAUUAGAGAUUACUUUCAGCAUAAAAACCAUACAAACUCAUCUUGUUCUCUGCAUCCUUACAAUCAUGUGGAAGCAUAACAAAAUAUCAGUGUUUCUUAUGUAGAACAGAAUUUUAUAUGUUUGGCUUCUGAGAAAGUAUGGGCUUUUUUUCAAAUAAUUAUUCUGAGGAUUUCCCCCACCAUGCCCUAAUUUCUGUGCUGUGUCCCAAGCAUCCUCUCAGAUCUGGUCAGGACUAUCUGAAACCUGGACCUCCUCAUUGGAUAUUAUUAACCUACCCUAGAGCAGGUGUGUCCGGGUACUUAGAGUAAAUCCAAGAAUUUGACAUUGUUUGGAUAUUCCCUUUCAACUGCAAGGAGUGAAUACAUAUUUACAUGAAAAAAGUAUAUAUGGAGGUUUUGACUGUUUCAUCAACAGUUUGCUUAUUUGGGCACUCGGUUUUUUAUUUGUGGUUUGUGUUUUCUGGUGUGUUUAAGUCAGAAAGGAAUCUCCAUUAUCUCAUGUUCUAAGGAAAAAGUAUUUGUUUUUUUCAACUUUAAUAAGUGUUUAGAGGGGAGGCAAUCUGAGGAACUAGAUACACCAGUGCCCACGAGCAGUGUGGAGUCUAAGACACAGCCCUGUGACCUCAGCCAAAGCUUUCUAAGUCUUUAAACUCUGCUUUGAGAUGAUCUUACUUUACCCAUAUAUAUUUAACAGAUUUUUAGCUAAUUUAUUGGGGACAAACUUUUAUGUCAGUUAUGAGUAACCUUUUUUGAAAAAAAUGAAACUCUGUAAUCAUAACCACUCUAAUGGAGCAUUAUAAGUUUGUAAUGCUAUAAGUACUGCUUCUUUAGAUGUUAAAUAGAAAAUUCUAAAUGGUUAAAGCCUAAAUUCAAAUUCUGUAAAGUUAUAUUUUCUUACAUACAGAUUAAUCUUAGCUCUUCUGCUAGUUCUGUGUUCUAGUUUUGAUAAAGCACAAGGUUUUAAUGGGAAAAGAUUCUGAUUCCCAGUUCAUUAGGCUUUAUGAAAAAUUGAGUAAACUGUUCAGAGAACAGUAAAAAUUAUUCUUCUUAUAAUCAUAGCAGUAUAGUGAUAUUUUCCAUAACAUCUGUGUAAACGGUAGCCUAUUCAAGGAGUGUUGUUAUUAAAGAGAUGAAUUAUUCUCCUAAGCAAAUUCAUGUAAAGACUUCUUAUUAGAGUUGAACAGAGCUAACUUUUGACUAAAGGUGUCAUUUUUAAUGGGUGGUAUUGUAUAAACACAAAACUUUGUUGCAAAAGCAUCCGUUGCUUUCAUUUAAUUUUGUUAUAAUUUUUUCCUCAAUAAAAAGAAAUGUUUUCUAUUUUCCUCA